CUGGUUACGACGUCACAAGAUGGCGGCGACCAUACCAGGCUGGGCCUCAUCCCGUGCGCAGAUACCCGGGGGAGUCCGUGCCGAGUGACCCCCAAGGCGGACCGAUACCCAGUGCAGCUCACCGCGACUCGGUUUUAUUAUCUCUGCGCAGACCGUUCUCGCCGUACCCCCCGCGAUGGACUCUCACGGCACCGGCGGGGGCAGUAACGUGCCCGCUUUCCUUGCCAAGCUUUGGACCCUGGUGGAGGACCCGGAGACGGACCCCCUGAUCUGCUGGAGUCCAGAAGGAAGCAGCUUCCACGUGUUUGAUCAGGGCCGCUUCGCCAAGGAGGUGCUUCCAAAAUUCUUCAAACACAACAACAUGGCGAGUUUCGUGCGGCAGCUGAAUAUGUAUGGCUUUCGGAAGGUGGUCCACAUAGAACAAGGGGGUCUGGUGAAGCCCGAGAAGGAUGACACGGAGUUCCAGCACCCGUACUUCAUCCGCGGCCAAGAAAGCCUUCUGGAGAACAUCAAGAGGAAGGUUAACAAUCUGUCUGGGGCCAAGAACGAGGAGGUGAAGGUCCGGCAGGACAACGUCAGCAAACUCCUGACCGACGUGCAGCUCAUGAAGGGAAAGCAGGAGAGCCUGGACUGCCGGCUGCUGGCCAUGAAGCAUGAGAAUGAGGCUCUGUGGAGGGAGGUGGCGAGCCUGCGCCAGAAGCAUUCCCAGCAGCAAAAGGUGGUGAAUAAGCUCAUCCAGUUCCUCAUCUCUCUGGUCCAAUCCAAUCGGAUCCUGGGAGUCAAACGGAAAAUCCCACUCAUGCUGAAUGACAGCAGCGCCACUCAUCCUCUGCCCAAGUACAGCCGUCAGUACUCGCUGGAGCCUGUCCACGGAGCGACCGCGUACCCUGCCUCCCUGGCGGAGUACACGGGUGCCAGCCUGUACAGCGCAGAUACCUCCGCGGGACCCAUCAUCUCCGACGUGACAGAGAUGCCGCAGUCCAGCCCGUCUGUCUCCCCAAACCCUAGCCUAGAAGAAAGGUGCAGUCCCGUCAUCCUCAUUAAGGAUGAACCCCACUCCCCUGACAGCCCCGCAGCGUCCGAGCACAGUCUGGCUCCUCCAGAAGCGGAGAACAGGUCGCUGUCUCCGUCCAUGUUCAUCGACUCCAUUCUACAGGACGAGGAGCCCAGCGGUGGCCCUGGAGGGGGCCGUGAUGGAUGCGACACGCAGUCGGGUUCCCCCAAGCCCUGCCUGAGCGUCGCCUGUCUGGACAACGUCUCUAGCAGUCGCCCGAUGGCUGAGAUCUCCCGGCUCUUCCCCGGCUCCUCUCCGUCACAGCAGGGCAGGACAGAGUCUGGGAUGGAAUUAAAUGAUCAUAUAGACACCAUAGAUUCCGGUCUGGACAACCUGCAGAACAUGUUCAGCACCCACAGCUUCAGCGUGGACACCAGCGCGCUCAUGGACUUGUUCAGUCCUGCAGGGGCCGCCAUGGACUUCUCCCUCCCAGACCUGGAUUCCAGUCUGGCCAGCAUUCAGGAGUUACUGGCAUCCCAAGAGCAGAAGCCCACGGAGAGCGAGCCCAGUGCUGCCGAUGCAGGGAAGCAGAUUGUGCAUUACACGGCUCAGCCCCUCAUAUUGAUGGAUUCCGGCGGCUCGGAUAUUCCCAUCCUGCUGGAGCUGGACGGUGAGGAGCCGUAUCUCCAUGAGGAGGGCAGCGAUUACUCUGACGACCCGACGCUGUCCCUGCUGUCCUGGGACCCCCAGACCAAGCCCGCCGGCUCCGGCAUCUCCUAAUCUCCGCGCUGCUUCGGGGGAACUGGUUGAAUUGUCUGGUUUGCAAUGGCAGUUACUGGGACUCUGCUCCCGCCAGGACUGGUAAUCGCAGCCUGGGUGCACAGGUGCGCCUCCUCUCCUGUACUGCAGAGGCCGGAGUCCAGGGGCCCCGAAACGCCCCCCAAAUCACAAUCCGCCCCGGUCCUGUGAUUGGCUGCUGCUACUGUCGCUUAUUCAGUAACCCCUCCCUCCCUGGCGUCUUUUGCCUCUUACACUACACGCGGUGUCGGUUCAUGUUAGGCUCUGGUUUUAAGUCGCCGUUGCACUAAAUCUACUGCCCCGUGGGGGCCCGACUGACACAGGAGGUAUUUACGGCUGUGAGUUUAGUUAAUGGUUGG